AUGGAUGACGACACGACACCCACACAGGACACUCCGCAGCCGGAUCCGGUGCUGACGAUGGAAUCAGAGGACGAAGAUACAUCCACGCAAGAGAUUUCGAGUCUGGUGCAGGAGCCGACGGCGGAGCCCAAGCAGGCGGCUAACUGUACCGAACUAGACGACGUCCUCAUGAGGUACUACCUCUGCCCGAUGUACGCCCUGGAGUUUACCUUGGGUUUCCUGGGCAACCUAGUGGUCGUCCUGGGUUACCCGCUGUGCCUGCAGGAGUGGCGGAGUACCAACAUCUACCUGUACAACCUGGCGGUGUCUGACAUCAUCUGUGUGUGCGCUCUGCCCCGCCUCUCCUACCUGUACGCCAACGACAUGGAAGAAACGUCUCCGUUCAACUGUGUGCUCAACCGCUACAUCCUCUUCGUCAACAUGUACUCCAGCGUCCUCUUCAUGGCCCUGGUCAGUCUGGACCGCUACCUGCUGCUCCGUCACCCUGCCCGUGACCACAUCCUCCUGAAGCCGCGUAUGGCCAUUUGCGCCUCCGUCCUCACCUGGCUCCUCGCCAACCUCGAGAUUACCCCACUGCUCUACUACGCCGUGAACAACAACGUCCACACCAAUGGUACGGAGUGCAACGACUUUGCCAGCCUCUCGAGGUCCUGGGGCUUCCUGGGGUACAGCUUGGGUCUGACGGUCGUGGGGUACAUCCUGCCCCUGGUCCUGCUCUUCUGGAGUUCUGAGAGGAUGGCCUCCAUGCUGAAGACUCAGGAGGAGGCCUUCAGGCAGCGUGCUACCUCUUUCAAAAGGCCUCUGUUUAUAGUGAGGGCAGCGGCAUACAUGUUCCUGCUCCUCUACUUGCCCUACCACAUCAUGAGGAACAUACGCAUCCUCACACGACUGCUGGUUGACAGAGUGUCCACAUGCACCAUCGCGAAAAUCGAAGCGGUCUACAUCAUAACGAGGCCGAUAGCUUAUGCGCACAGUGUCAUCAACCCCAUCUUCUACUUCCUGAUGACCGAGCGUUUCCGUGAGCAGCUCCUGGCCAGGGGUCAGCAGCUGAGAAAAAGACUCACUGGCCUCUACUCCAGAACAUCAUGA